AAUUUUCAUUUAUAUAAAUAUUAUAUUCAAUUAAUAACUGUUUACCUAUUUAAAAUUCAUUAAAUUUAAAACGGAUAAUAUUAAAAUAUGAUUUAUCAAUUUAAAAUAUUACUCUUUGCAAGUUGCAUUAUAUCAACUUUAUGCUUUCCGAAUAGCUGUGGACCAUCAAAUACUAAAGUUACUUCAAGUAAAAUGCCGGAAAACGAUCAUGUAACUGUCUUAAAUAUUUUUGAGCCUCGAGUGAGAAAUAAAUUAUUAUCAGUACGUCAAAAUGGUGAUGAAUUUAUUUAUUUCAAGGAUUUUGUUUGUGUUUAUAUAAUAAUACAUGGAAUAGAUAUCACUGAAGGCUCUUUUAGAGAAGCAAAAUGGAGUAGGAAUAAUAUUGCAAUGACAAUAGACGAAGCAAUGGUAUUAUACCGUGAUAUUAUUAAUGAACUUUUGAAUGGAUUAGCUGAUGAAUUGCGAAGUAAAACAAAUAAAUACGGAUAUAUUCCUAUGGGGGUAGCAAGUUUUAUUUUUAAGCUACAUAAAUUAGAUGAAGAAAUACUAGCGAAAACUCUAUAUAAAUUGGAUAGGACACCCGAUCACUUACUUAAAUGCCAAGAUAUCAUAAAACUCUUAAAAUGAAAUGUAUUACAUUAUUUAUAUGUAAAGAUCUAUAAAUAUACUUUUACUUGAGUGUUUCUUGUUUUAAUUAUUUUAGCUUCGAUGUGAAGUAGAGAUAGAAUUAAUUUUACUAUGAUGUGUUUUUUUUUUUGUUUGUUGCCACUUUUUUUCAGAUCUGUAAUGAUAUACAUAGUACAUCAUUAAUGUUAUAAUGUAUUAUUUAAAACUUUAAUCAAUCAAUCAUACAUAAAUGAAAUGUAUAACAAUAAAAAUAAUAUAUAUAUAUAUAUAUACGUACCUUUUAAAUGUUUAAAUAUACUAGUGAAAUUUCGUAGAAAAAAGGAUAUAUUAAUUAUAUAAAACAAACAGGAAAGAAUAAACAAUAUGUAAUGGUAGCACACAAGAUGAAGGGUAAUAAACUAUGUCUAAAUUAUUAUAUAAGGUAUGAUAGUAUUUUAUCAUAUGUAGAUCAUUAUUGAUGAAAAUGUAAUAAAUAACAUCUAAUAAAUUACGAUUAAUAAAGAAAUAAUAGUGGCGUCGGUGAUCACUUCUUGCCUUUGAACCACGAUCAAAUAUAAUAUAAAAAGCCAAAAACAAAGACCAUUCUGAGACAGAUGCAGUCAGAUAUUCAUAAUAUCGUGCGUAGUGAGUACACUACGCUCGAUCAUUCCACACAACGAAAUAUAUGCAAGAAGUGAUCCAUCGUCUUCGCAAUUAUAUUUGUGCAAAAAAUACAACAUCUAUUCAUUUAAGAGUAUC